AUGUCUCCCGCUCGCAAGGCUCUUAUCAGCAUCACUUCGGCUCAGGCCACUCUCCUCCAAGGGGAAACGACCGGACUAUUCAUCAGUGAAGCCCUUCAUCCAUUCAACGUUCUCACUGCCGCCGGCUUCGAAGUCGAUCUCGCCUCCGAGACAGGAAAAUACACCCCUGACUGGCUGUCGCAACAGCCGGACUUUCUCAACGGCGAUGAUCUAAAGACCUGGAACGAUCCUAACAGCGACUUCCGCCGAAAGCUGGACAACCUACACAAGGCCGCCGAUUUGGACAAGUCUCAAUAUGGUCUGUUCUAUGCCUCUGCUGGCCAUGCCGCUCUGAUCGACUACCCCACUGCAUCCUCCUUGCAGAAAAUUGCCGAGGAGGUCUGGGCAAACGGUGGUGUCGUUGCCUCAGUAUGCCACGGCCCUGCCAUCUUUGCCAACAUUCUCGAUAAGGCAACGGGGGAGCCUAUUAUCAAGGGCAGAAAGAUAACUGGAUUCACCUCUGAAGCUGAAGAUACUAUGGGAAUCAUGGCUGAACUUCGGAGCUGGAAUACCGAGCUGGUCGAGGAACUUGCUAAGCGCCUUGGAGCUACUUAUGAACGCGCAGCUGGAAUUUGGGAUGACUUCUAUGUCGUUGAUGGCCGUUUAGUGACAGGCCAGAAUCCCGCUAGCGCAACGUCAAGUGCUAAGGCGGCAGUUGCUGUUUUUGAGAGCUUGUGA